AUGUUUCCAUGCCAGGGAAAAGGGGUGCGUGUCUUUACCUCUUUGUCCACAGAAGUGACGACGACACGGCGCCGAGCCCCCAGGUGGUGGCCUCUGCGCCUGCGCCGACGGUCGUGCGCGGCGGCGCCGUGCAUGCGCAGAGCACGACUUCCGCGUCUUUUCGGCGGCGGGAAGGCGGCUGGUGGUGGCUGACGCGGUGGCGGUUGACGGAGGCGAGGAACCUGAAGGUUAAAGUUUAGUCGAACAACUUCAUGUUGUAAAGUUGGAGCGCUAAAGAAAAAAUUAUAGACUUUGAUAUCGAAGGAAAUGAAGAGAAACAUAAAUGAAAAUUCAACUCGAAAUACAGCAGGCUGUUUGCCUGUACCACUGUUCAAUCAGAAAAAGAGGAAUAGACAGCCAUUAACAUCCAAUCCACUUAAAAAUGAUCCAGGUAUCAGUACUGCUUCUGACAGUUAUGAUUUCCCUCCUCUACCAACAGAUUGGGCCUGGGAAGCUAUGAAUCCAGAGCUGCCUCCUUUAACGAAAACAGUGAACACAGGGCAAAUACCACAUUCAGUUUCUCAUCCCCUGAGAAGUCAAGAUUCUGUGUCUAAAUCUAUUCAAUUAAAUGCUGAAAGAAGCAAGAGUGGUUGGAGAGACGGCAACAAAAAUACCACUUUAAAAACUUGGGAUAGAAAUGAUUUUAAGCCUCAGUGCAAAAGAACAAAUCUAAUGACAAAUAAUGGAAUAAAUUCAUGUCCAGUGAAUUUGGGAGCUCAACAAUGGAAACAAUUAAGAGUAUCUGAAUCUACUAACUUAUCUCACCAAAGAGAAAGUGAAGUACUCACACAAACACAUUCGUCAAAAAUAUCUGGCUCCACAAUGAGAAGUCUAGACAAAAACAGUUCAUUACAGGCAUUUAAGCCCAAUUUUCAACAAAAUCAAUUUAAGAAAAAAAUGUUGGAUGGUUUUCCAGAAGAAAACACCCUCAAGAAGGAAGCAUCAUUGUAUCAGUUAAAGCUUAAGGAGAAAGAGAAUUCUUUAAGAAUUAUAUCUGCAGUUAUUGAAAGCAUGAAGUACUGGUGUGCACAUGCACAGAAAACUGUACUUCUUUUUGAAAUAUUAGCUGUUCUCGAUUCAGCUGUUACACCUGGCCCAUAUUGUUCAAAGACUUUUCUUCUGAGAGAUGGGAAAAAUACUCUGCCUUGUGUAUUUUAUGAAAUAGUGAGUAUCUGUUUAAGUAUUCUUUGCAAAGCCUAUGCCAACAAAAACAUACAAAUGCAGGCUAUAAUUCAACUGUAGUAGAAAUUCUGUUAAUGAUUUAGUGGUACUUUCAACAUUUUGUUUGGUUUUAAUUAUGAUUUUAAAAUUAUUUAUUUGUUCAACUAAAAUGGAGGGCUACUAUAUGCCAGGCGCUGUGCUAGAUGCAGGGGAUACAAAGUGGAAUAAAAGUGGUAAAUGGCUCUUUCUCUCAAAGAGUUUAUAAUCUCAGGUAGAAAGACGGAAACAUAAAUGUUACACUGUGGUAUGAUAAAUGGUAUGACAAGUGGUGUGUGCAGGGUGCUAUAGAAGUAGAUAGGGAGGAUGGGUCAGAUCAGGGGAAGAUUUUUGAAGAAUGUAGUCUUGUCUUAGAUAUUUAAGGUCUAAUGAAUUAAGCCAAAGUGUUGGGAGGUGGGGGAAGAGGUUGGAGGAACACAGUCUAAGGUGAGGGAGCAACACAUGUAAAGACAUGAAGCUCAGAUAGAGCCUGGAUUGUUCAGGAAACUGCAAGUAGUUUACAAUUACCAGAGUGUAGAGUUAGUAAGUGAUGGGGGUAAGGGUAGUGGUUAUGAACUUGGGGGAAUGCAGAGAGAGUGGGCUGGGACGUAGGGAAGAGCUUGGUAACAAAGGAGGCUGGAAACUUUAUAAGACUUACAUGCUUUGUAAAAUAGUUUGGCAUUAAUUCUGAAAUUGGGCUUAAUUCUGAAAUCACACUUGGAUUCCAAUUUGUACUCCACCAUUUAUUAGCUGUAUGACCUUGAGUGAGCUCCUUAAACUUCUUGAGCAUCAGUUUUUUAAUCUGUAAAUUGGGGAGACUAAUUCCUACUUUGAAAGGUUGUUUUGGAGAUUAGAUAAUAAAAUAUAUGAAUGUAUAGCAUCUGACACAUAGCAGAUGAUCAAGAAAUAGUAGCUGUCAUGUUAUUAAUUUUUAUAAUAUCUUGAAAGCUUAUUAUUUUUCUCUAGUCUAAGUUUUAAAAAAACUUUUAUUAAAAUAUAACAUAUACAGAAAAAUGCACAAAUCAUAACUGUACAAUUCUAUGAAGGUAUCACAAAGUGAACAUUACCAAGGUUAAGAAAUAGAACAUUGCUAUCACCCUAGCGUCCUUGUGCCUCUUCCCAUUCACUCCCUCUUGUUUUCUGCCUACAAGUAACCACUACUGUGACUUUUAAUAUCAUAAAUUAAUUCUGCCUGUUUUUGAAUUUUAUAUAAAUAGUAUCAUGUGGUACGUCUUGCUUUAUGUCUGGUUUCUUUCAUUCAACACAACGUAAGAUUCAUCUGUGUUGUUGCAUGUAGCUAAAGUUCAUUUAUUUAUAUUUCUAUGUACAAUAUUCUUUUGUAUGAAUAUAUCACAAUUUAGUUUUCUGUUCUACUGUUGGUGGGCAUCUUGGUUGUUUCUUGGUUUUUUUUUAUUAUGAAUAAUACUCUGUGAACAUUCUUACAUAUGUCUCUUGUUGUGCACAUGCAUGCCUUUCUGUUGAGUAUAUACCUAGAAGUAAAAUUCCUGAAUUGUAGUGCAUUUGUAUGUUCUAACACAGUAGUUAUUGCCAAAGAAUUUUCCAAAGGGUUGUAACAGUUUACGUACUCACAAUCAGCAUAGGAGAGUUGUAGUUUCUCUGAAUUCUUAUCAACAUU